AUGGGAAUGAGAAUCGAAAACAGAAAUCGAGAAUUAUUUCUUCAUCGCGUCUUUGGUUAUCGCGGUGUAAUUAUAUUCCCUUGGCUUGCAAGAGUAUUUGAUCGAUGCGAUGAACGUUCGAGUUCAUUGCCGCCGUUGGCUAAAUCAACAAAGUCAUCACAGUCAAAUAUUCAUGAAAUUCGUGCAAAAUCAGUUACCUACUAUCAAGUUUUAACUGAUACACGCGACAUGCCACACAUUCGAGCUCAAACAGAGGCUGUCACUUUUUUGGGCAAUCAAGAACGUGAUAGAAAUCUUUAUGCUAUACCAGGUCUUGAUUAUGUUGCACAAGAAGAUAUUGUACCAUACACGAGUACAGAACGAACACCAAUUGAACAUGAACUAUUUGAUAAAUUUCUCAUAUAUGAUUCUGAAACAACGCCUAAUUUCGUACCACGUGAAUAUUUGAAAUCGUGGCAAGAACGACAUCAUCAAUGGCUUGAAUUAUCCGAUGUAGCAAAAGAUGUGACUCAUCAAAUACGAGUUACUGUUAUUCCAUUUUAUAUGGGAUCUCGAUCAGCUCAAGGUGUAGCUGUUCAUUGGUGGCGUUAUUCGAUUCGCGUUGAAAACUUAAAUCCCGACGAGCCUGUUACAUUACGUGAACGUCAUUGGCGUAUCUUCAGUCUCUCGGGUACAUUAGAAACUGUACGUGGCAAAGGCGUAGUUGGACAGGAACCAAGAUUGUCAAAAGAAUAUCCUGCGUUUCAAUAUUCAUCUCAUAUUUCAUUAUCAGCAUCAAGUGGUCAUAUGUGGGGUACAUUCAAAAUGGAAAAAGAUGAUGGAACAUUUAUUGAAGUUAGAAUACCGCCCUUCAAUCUUGAAUAUUUGAUGAAUUUCUCUUAUUUAAUUCGACAAAAGUUAGUAGUUCGCCAGUUUCAUACAAGUUCACCAAGACAUAUUCAUCCGUUGAUAUGGAUAAUUCUUAAACCAGCACUUAAAGGUGCUGCUUGGUUAACUGGCAGAUCAGCAAGAAAAUGGUAUCGAGGACUACCAGAAGAAAAACGGUCGAUUUUUUUUCAACAUCUUAAUCGACAUAAAUAUAAAUAUGUUGCAAUAUUUGGAACGAUUGGAUCUACUUUUGGUUACCAUUAUUCCACUCAUAUUCAAAUAGCGCCUAUAACGGGACGAAAACGUUAUAUGUUGAUGACGGAGGAGCAAUUGAAAUAUUUGUGUGAUUUACAAAAAGAAGAGCUCGCGAAGACGUAUGCUAAUCACAUGAUGCCUGAAAACAGUAAAGAAACUCAACUGGUAGCUAAAGUAGCAAAAAAAAUAAUUAGUGCUAAUGUCGACUUACCCAAUGUUCGAAGUAUAAAGUGGACCAUCCGAGUUCUUAAUAUUGAUGACCAAAAGGCAUUCGUCUUACCGUCUGGUGAUAUUUAUGUUACUCGAGGAAUGCUUCAGACAGUAGCAAAUGAAGAUCAAUUAGCCAUUGUUCUUGGCCAUGAAAUUUCGCAUACGCUUCUCGAUCAUUCGGGAGAAAAUUUAUCUUAUCUACAAUUAGUUGACUUCCUUGGGAUUUUUGCAUCGCUGAUUAUCUGGUCUGUCUUUCCAUCUGAUUGGGCUUCAUUUUUCGUGACUUAUUUAUUUGAACGAUUUCUAACAUUCGCAAAUCGUUUACCAUAUUCUCGAACUUUGGAAGAAGAAGCUGAUGAAGUUGGUCUUAUGCUAGCGGCAAAAGCUUGCUAUGACAUUCGAGAAUCUGUUAGAUUUUGGCAAAAAAUUCAUGAGCUAGAAGAAAAACAAGCAAUUCCAGAAUUCUUCUCGACACAUCCAGCAAGUAAUAAACGUGCUGAAACUCUUAAGAGAAAAAUUUCUUGGGCACUUGAAAUACGUCAUCAAUGUAAUUGUUUACCAUUAAUAGAAAAUAUAACUCUUGGGUUACCUAAAAUAUUGGAACAACCGCUCGACAAAAAAACAGGUCUUGUACAUCAUAUCCCUGUGGUUCAAAAUACUAAAAAUGAUUGA